AUGUCUUCAAAUAAUGACACCUAUAAUUCAUACAUUUCGCAACUAAACUUGUUAACUCCGGUCUCUUUGAUGUCAGACUCUACUCGUGAGGAAGAUUUAAACGACACAGAUUUAGAGUCUUGGUCCAACUCGCAGUUUAUUGAUGUUUCAUAUGGUAUGGGUUUCCCAGACAAUGAUUUCGAAGUCUCUCCUGGUAUGUUCGAAGACCAAGAUAUAGCUGCGCAACCUGCUAUGAUGGUUCAGAGUGGCCUAUCGACUAUCUCCAAUUCGCCUCAAUUUCAACCAUCAAUUUAUCCUAUAUUCACUUAUCCUGCAGCAAAUUCUAUCAUGACAGCACGUAUUCGACCUAUUACCAUUGCUCCAGCUGUUACUACAACACUAACUAGCCCAACUUUUCCUCAAACAUAUCCUACUUCUCCUACAAAUAUGGAUGUAACUAAAGAAGAAACAGUAGUGUCACCAGCAUCAAGUCCUCCAAAGGUUACUGCUGACACUACAAACCAUCCGUCUCAUAAAAAUUCGACGGCAAAAACGAGUCAACUAACAUCUAGUGAUAUAUCAAAAAAAGAUGCUGAUUCUAAACAAUCAAUUGAUCCUGAAGUAGUAGCUAAAUUAGCUGCUGAGGAAGAUAAACGAAGGCGUAAUACUGCGGCAUCUGCUAGAUUCCGCGUAAAGAAGAAGAUGCGUGAACAAGCGCUUGAGAGAACUGCGAAAGAAAUGUCUUCAAAAGCAGAAGCUUUUGAAAAUCGUGUAAAAGAACUCGAGAUGGAGGUCAAAUGGUUAAGGAGUCUGAUAGUAGAAAAAGAUGCUAGGUUGUUGGAUAUUGAUCGACCUGGAAAAAAGCACAAAACUGAACCUGAGAAUCAAGAUGCAGAGGCAAAUCAAAAAGAAUAA